AUGAGCACAGAGAGCAUGAUCCAAGACGUAGAGUUAGCAGAAGAGGCUCUUCAGAGGAAGGCAAGGGGGCUCCAAGGCUCUGGACAUUGCCUCUGCCUCACUCUCAUCUCUUUCCUUGUUCUUUCUGGAGCCACUGUUCUCUUCUGCCUGCUGCACUAUGGGGUCAUCGGACCCCAGAAAGAACAGCCCAGUAUUAAACUUUCAUUUCUUCAUUCUCUUUUCUUCCCCAUUCUAGGAUCUUAUCAGACUGAAAGUGACAAGCCUGUGGCUCAUGUUGUAGCUAAACCCACAGCAGAAGGGCAGCUCCAGUGGUCGAGUGGGUAUGCCAAUGACCUCCUGAAUGGCAUGGAAUUGAAAGACAAUCAACUAGUAGUGCCAGCCACUGGGCUCUACCUGGUCUACUCUCAGCUCCUUUUCAAGGGUGAGGACUGUGCCAACAAACCUCUGCUCCUCAUGCACACCGUCUCCCGGGUUGCACGAUCUUACCCAAACAAAGUCAGCCUCCUUGCUGCUAUCAAGAGCCCAUGCCAGAGGGCAGCACAAGGAUCCAGGGAAUCCAAUCCCUGGUAUGAACCAAUCUACCUGGGUGGUGUCUUCCAGCUUGAGAAAGGUGAUAUGCUCAGUUCUGAUACCAACUACCCAAAUUAUCUUGACUUUGCUGAGUCUGGCCAGGUCUAUUUUGGAGUCAUUGCCCUUUGA